AUGUCUGCCGCCAAAUCUUCCGCCGGCGAUGCAUCCGGCGUCAGAAACCGAAAUCGCCGUUCAUCAUCCACCACCGAAACCCUCCUGUCUUCGGUAGAAUCGACGGCCAUCAACCUCGAGAAGAAGGUCGAAAAGGCCCUCUUGAUCCUGUGGGACGACCUCCCCGCCUGGCGCCGCGACAACGCCUACAUCAUCUCGGGCUACCGCCCAGACUCCCGCUCCUACCUCGGCUCCUUCAAGUCCCUGGGUUACUUGCACAACGAGUCCGUCAACAUCUGGUCCCACCUCCUCGGCGCCAUCGCAUUCCUGGUCAGCGGGGCGUUCCUGUACGGCGUCGUCGCGCCGCGGUACGACACAGCCUCGCCUGCCGACGUGCUCGCCUUCGGGUGCUUUUUCGCGGGCGCCGUCGCGUGCCUCGGCAUGAGCGCGACGUACCACGCAGUGUGCAACCACUCCCCCGAGGUCGCGAAAUGGGGCAACAAGCUCGAUUACUCGGGGAUUGUGUUCCUCAUCGUCGGGAGCUACGUGCCGGCCAUGUACUACGGCUUCUACUGCCACCCCGGGCUGAUGAAAUUCUACCUGUGGACGAUCAACCUCCUAGGCCUCGGCUGCGGCGCUGUCUCCUGGAUCGAGUUCUUCCGCACGCCUGAAUGGCGCACCUUCAGGGCGUGCAUGUUCGUUGCCCUCGGGACCUCGGGCGUCAUCCCCGUCGUCCACGGCGCGAUCAUCUACGGCCGGGAUGAGAUGGAGGCCCGCAUGAGCCUCAGCUGGGUUGUCCUGCACGGCGCCAUGUACAUCUUUGGCGCCUUCCUGUAUGCCUUCCGCUGGCCGGAGCGAUCGUUCCCGGGAACCUUUGACAUCUGGGGCAGCUCUCACCAGAUCUUCCACUUCUUCGUCGUCAUGGCGGCCGUGACGCAUUUGUACGGCAUGGCCAAGGCCUUCGACUACCACCACACCGUCAAGGGGUCGCUGUGCUUGUGA